AUGUUAGUAUCCAUUGUUCGUCGCCUUGCCAAGUACACCGUCAUCUUCUACCCUUGCCGUCUUGGCUAUGCAAAUACCUCCGAUAGCCAUGUUUGGCUGAACACUUGCAUCACCCCUGGCGUGGUCUUUUCCCUGCAGCGAGUUUGCCACGAGGACCUAGCGCAAGAUGUAGCAAUUUAG